AGUCUAGGGCUAUGGUACGCCCGCAGGCGAAAGGGCUGCCCGCAAGUACACCGGGCACGGGGUCAGUGGCCUCGCCAACGGACCCCUCCUCUCUCUAGGUAUCUGUCUAGCUAUAAAGGAGAUCGCCCGGCGAGUUCUUAUAGGCCUUCGAAAGAGAGAGGAAUGGAACGGCCGAGGGAUCGAGAUCCGCUCGGUGGGCGGAGGGUGCAAAGCAUGUGAUUAUCUUUUCUGGAAGCGGACGUAAAGUUGCGAUUUUGAGCUCUUUUGGGGGGUUUAUUUUUGCAGGAUAAUCUGAUUUUGGAUCCGAUACUUCGGGUUUAGUGGUAUUUUGAGGAGCUCUUAAGGUUGCUCUCGAUUUCGUCUUCAAGCGAGUCUGUUUCUUGGGAUUUCUUUAUUCAAUCUUUUGGCCAUUUGAAAGAAAAAGAAUUUUUCCUUUUUCUUUUUUCCUGUUGGCUCUUCUUUUGAUGGAGCUUGAGUGAUUGCAGAGUCUUGAUAGUGACGUCUGGUUUUUAUUGAACUCUUUGGGUUUAAAUUGUUUUUUGGUGCCUGUUUCAAGUUCAAGAAAUCAGGGAUUGAAUUAAUGCCGGGUUGUAUUGUGCCCUUCUGAAAGGGGGAAGGCAUGUGGGAUUUGAUUUCGUGGGCAUUGGAGGAGUAGAAUGAGAUGAAAUGCAUACUAUGGUUCGGCAUUGUUUUUAUCAAGACACAAGAUGGCAAUCGGGAGGCCUGAGACGGCUAUUUGUGCCAUUCUUGGGGUGAUUUGUUACUGUUAUUGCUGCUUGAAGACACAAUUAGAUUUUGGUCAUGACCAGGGCCGUACGCAGCAAUUUUCUUAAAGAUGACAGCAGUGCUAUCGGUAAUCAUCUUAAGGAUGAGUAUGGUGCCAUUAGCGACCAUCUCCGCUACCAUGUGCAUCUGACCAAUUGUAUUCACUUGAAGAACCAUAUGCACUACCACAGCCCCAACCCGGCCGAGAGGUCCCUUAUGAGGGAUCUCAUUGUUCUUCAGAAGUCAAAAUCCCUUAGAGAUCCCUCCACCAGUCCUCCAUCGUGGUUUUCCCCUUCCACUUUUGGCAGCCACACUAAGAGACCGGGUAAGGAUGGUGCAAUGCAUAGUGGAAGAAGAUCUAUAGGUGCUGAUGGGCGAAAGGAGGCUGGUCGGAUGUCCGCAAGCUCACCGCUGGCUGCAGGUGUUGCAACAUCAAAAGUUGCUGCUGUAGAUUCUAGCAGCGGCCACAACAUUGCAGGAGAUAUGGAUGUUGAAAUAAGUAAAGGGGAAGAGCACAGCAGAAAGAGUCGGAAGAGUGAUAUUUCACAAGGAAGCGAGAAUCCACACAAGGUGGAGGCAAAGGACAAGAGGAUUUCCCAGAGGGCUGCCCAUGGACAGGCUGCUCGUCUCAAGACUCUUUCGGAACAAUUGGAGGAGGUUGCAGGUCAUACAGACAAUGAGAGGAGGAAUCCUCCUCACUUAUGCCGAAAUAGGAUGCACACAGGUGAAGAGAAAAUCCAUGAGGAGCCAGAAGCAAGCAGUUAUGGCCACUGUAGUGGGUUGACAAGGGGGAAGAGGCGUAGGUUCAGAGGGAUGAGAAGAGCCCGUGGUUCCACUAAUUCGAGAAGUGUGAGAGCUCAACAUAAUAUGUCUACCGGCUCUCAAUCACUGGCUCAAGUUUCCAUGCAUCAGAAGGGCUAUGCAGGGGAAGGACCAGAGGAGGAUGCUGAGCUAGAAUUUGCACGGGCGCCAAGACAUGUAUGUGGGAUUCCAUGGAAUUGGUCUAGGAUUCAUCAUAGAGGUAAAACAUUUCUAGAUAUGGCAGGAAGGAGUUUGUCCUGUGGGCUAUCUGAUUCAAGGCUGAGAAAAGCUGAAGGUCCUGUUGGACAAAGACGAGGGAAUACUUCAAAUAUGCCUCAAAUUGCAUCUGAUCAUUUAAGUUCAUCAACGAGCUCUGAUUCAGAGGCACAACUAUUACUAGUUGAGGCAUCAGGAUCUCAGGAUAGUGAUGUCAAUCCUUAUUUGACACAGGAUUAUUCAGGAGAACUUGGAAUUUUUUCCAAUCACAGCCUAAGACAUGAAGACUCUGACCUUGCAUCUGAAGCACGGUCAGGUAAUCAGUGGAAAUCUAGAAGCCGCCAUGGCAGGCAUCGAAGCCUGACCCAGAAAUACAUGCCAAGAACCUUCAAAGAUCUUGUGGGUCAAAACUUGGUUGUGCAAGCUCUUUCAAAUGCUGUUUUGAGAAAAAAAGUUGGGUUGAUUUAUGUCUUUUAUGGACCUCAUGGAACAGGGAAGACAUCUUGUGCUCGUGUAUUUGCGAAAGCUUUGAAUUGCCAAUCCUUGGAGCAUCCAAAACCUUGUGAUGUCUGUGCUUCCUGUAUCUCACAUAAUUUGGGUAAGAGUCAAAAUGUGCUGGAAGUGGGGCCAAUGGGUAACUUCGACUUUGAGAGCAUUAUGGAUGUCCUUGACAAUGUGAUGCUAUCACCAUUGUCGUCUCAGUAUAGAGUGUUCAUUGUUGAUGACUGUCAUACCCUGCCCCCUAACUCAUGGAAUGUCAUCUCAAGGAUUGUUGACCGAGCACCCAGGCACGUGGUUUUUAUCCUUGUCAGCUCGAAUCUUGACCAUUUGCCUCAUAUAAUCAUAUCCAGAUGCCAGAAGUUCGUUUUUCCAAAACUGAAAGACUCCGAUAUCAUCUCUACCUUGCAGUGGAUUUCAACCAGCGAAGGCAUGGAAAUUGACAAGGAUGCUUUGAAACUCAUAGCAUCACGGUCAGAUGGAUCCUUAAGAGAUGCUGAGAUGACCCUCGAUCAGCUGAGUUUGCUUGGACAAAGAAUUUCUCUUUCUCUUGUUCAGGAGCUUGUUGGUUUGGUGUCUGAUGAAAGAUUGGUUGAUCUACUUGAUUUGGCAUUAUCUGCAGACACCGUGAACACUGUGAAGAGCUUAAGAGAGAUAAUGGAAACUGGAGUGGAGCCUCUGGCAUUAAUGUCACAACUUGCUACAGUUAUUACUGAUAUCCUUGCUGGUAGCUAUAUAUUCACACGAGAAAGACUACGCAGAAAGUUUUUUCGCCGACUGUCCUUAUCCAAGGAAGAUAUGGAAAAAUUGCGCCAGGCUUUGAAAAUGCUAUCUGAAACUGAAAAACAGCUGAGGGUGUCAAAUGACAAAUUGACCUGGCUUACAGCUGCUCUGCUUCAACUUGCUCCAGAUCAACAAUAUAUGUUGCCAAGUUCUUCUGCAGAUGCUAGUCUCAACCACAGCCCGUUGGUCUUAAACAACUACAGUGACAGAGAUAAACCUAGGAAUUUUAUUAAUGAGCAGGAGGAGAUGCAUAUUUAUGACAGGGACCUGUUAAGAGGAAAUGGAACAGGAAGUCAUGGCUACAGAGGUGCUAGCGAUGCAGUGCGUGGUAAUAAUAAGAUGAUUCGUAAUCACCUUAGUGGAAUGGUACAUGGUGAGCACACUUCAUGCAGUCUUAUGCUGUCCGGUGGAGCUACCAAAGCAGGUGAAGAAUAUAGUUAUGGUAAAACCAACAAGGAUAAUGAGAAGAUCUGGCAAGCAGUACUUGAGAAUGUUCAAUCAAACAUGCUUAGGCAAUUUUUGUAUCAAGAAGGAAGGCUAAAUUCAGUCAGCCUAGGUGCUGCCCCUACAGUGCAAUUGUUGUUCAGCUCAGACGGAUGCAAGUCCAAAGCUGAAAAGUUCAGAGGGCAGAUUUUACAAGCAUUUGAAUCUGUACUUUCUUCUGCAGUAAUACUGGAAAUCAGAUGUGGAUAUAGGAAAGAUGGGAACUCAGACAUCCAAAAUCAACAUGUUUUGCCUGCUUCUGAGAAUGGUUCUUCUCAGAUGACGAAGCGGCAAUCAAUCACCAAUCAGAGGUCACUUUAUUCAGGCUCUGAAAAACUUACAAGAAGGCUACCAAAAGAAAAUGGUAUUAAAGGGAUAGGCUCUAGACAAGGUCGACGGUUGCACUCUGAUCCCCAUGUAAUGGCAGAAGGUGAAAUAAGUGAAACAGGAGCUACUGCUUUAGAGCAUGGGAACAUUGAAUUAACCAAUAACACUAUAGGACAUACAGAAAAGGCACAUGAAGGUGGUGUAUGGGUUGAGGAAGCUUCAUCUUCUCAGCACCAAGCUAACUUGAUUCCUCUAUCAAAAAGUAGGGAAAGUGAAGAACAAUAUCGGCGACAAAGCUUGGUUAGAGGAAAAGUAUCCCUUGCACAUGUCAUUCAACAGGCUGAAGGUUGUUCCCAGCGAGGUGGAUGGUCUAGACGCAAAGCAAUAUCAAUUGCUGAAAAACUUGAACAAGAGAACUUGAGACUGGAGCCCAGAUCACGAACCUUACUCUGCUGGAAAGCUUCUAGGGUAACUCAAACAAAGCUCUCAAAUCUGAGAAUCAGGACACGGAGACCAUGCUCUUUGUUAAAGCUAGUGACAUGUGGAAGAUGCCUUCGUGCUAGAUCCCCAAGGUAAAUUCCCCAUUUCAUAUCCGAUUAGUGUCAAUGGAUGUAUAAGACAUAUCUGCAUUGCUGCAGUUGUCUUACAUGUAUUAUUAGUUCUCUUUUUUGACUUUGUUAUGUCAGUCAUUUUAGGAAAUUUUGUACAUUCGUCAAAAGUGAAAGAAUGAAAAAUGAAAUCCAUAUUCUUUUAUGUUAAAGUUU